UCCUAUGUCAACUUUACCCAAUGCCAUCACUAGUUUAGUUCAGGCACUAGUUUCAAUAGACAGGAUUACUAACUUUCUACUAUUGGAUGAAAUAGACGAGUCAGCAGUUACACACAACCCUCCGCCAGGUGACGCUAUCAGUAUCCGUAAAGGAGAGUUCACGUGGGACAGAAAUGAGGCAGCAACUCUGAAAAACAUAAAUAUGAGUGUGAAACAAGGUGGCAUUGUUGCUGUGGUCGGUCAGGUUGGAUCGGGAAAGUCUAGCUUGGUAUCUGCCAUGUUAGGGGAUAUGGUCAAAACUGACGGAUCUGUGGACGUUAAGGGGAAAAUUGCGUACGUGCCACAGCAGGCGUGGAUACAAUUUUCAACUCUCAAGGAAAAUAUCAUAUUUGGCAAAGAAAAAAGCGAACGGCUAUACAAAAAGGUGAUCCAGGCAUGCGCAUUAGAACAAGAUCUGAAAAUUCUUCCCGGGGGUGACCAGACAGAAAUUGGUGAAAAGGGUAUAAAUCUAAGUGGUGGACAAAAACAAAGGGUGUCAUUAGCAAGGUCAGUGUACCAGGACUGUGAUAUCUAUCUUCUUGAUGACCCAUUGAGUGCAGUUGAUGCCCAUGUUGGAAAACACAUCUUUCAGCAAGUUAUAGGCUCAACAGGAAUUCUAGCUGGGAAGACAAGAGUCUUAGUUACCCAUGGAGUGAACUAUCUGCCUAAAGUUGACAAGAUCAUUGUUCUGAAAAAUGGAAAUAUAAGUGAGAUGGGCACCUAUGAGGAACUGCUGAGUCAUAAUGGCGCAUUUGCGGAGUUUAUUCGAACAUACCUAAAUGAGCACGAGGAUGAAAGUGAAAGCGAAAGUGAUGCUGAGAGUGUUGCGCAUAUCAACGAAUUACGACAAAGACUCACCUCUAUGUCGGGCUUCUCUGGCCUCAGUGCCGAUGAUACCGCUGCAACUAUGACGAGCGAGGGUGAAUAUUCCGAAGGCCAGCAGAUUCGCAGACGGCGAAGAAAGAAAUCGAUUACCCUUUCAAAGUCAAUUGAGUUAGAAAAAGAGAACAUUGAUAAGCAAAUGAAAGUGGCCAACAAACUUAUAGAGGAUGAAACAUCAGAAGAAGGAAGUAUCGGCCUUAAAGUUAUCAAAACAUACGUUUAUGGUGGUGGUUAUCUGUGUUUCUUCUGGGUGUGUCUAUCAGUGUUGGUGUACACUGGCUCACAGGUAUAUGCGAAUGUUUGGCUAAGUGCAUGGACCGCCGAUCCAUUGGUGAAUGGAACAAGACCUAAACAGGAUACAGAUUAUCGCCUGGCUGUAUAUGGGGUUUUAGGACUUGUCCAAAUUAUUUCAACUUUGUCGAUGGCAUUUUCUCGUGCACUUGGGUUUGUCAGCGCCUCUAGGUUUCUUCACAACAAACUCGUUAAAAACAUCCUCCGCUGUCCAAUGAGCUUCUUCGACACUACUCCCAUGGGCAGAGUGCUUAACCGGUUUUCUAAAGAUUUGGACAUUGUUGAUAUUACACUGCCGCAAUACAUCAUGGGCUGGUUGGCUAGCGUUGGCCCUAUGAUCGCUACAAUUGUCGCCAUCUCAUACAGUACCCCUCUCUUUCUUAUUGCUCUUUUGCCACUCUGUAUCUUCUUUGUUGUCGUUCAGAGAUUAUACACAAAUACUGCGAGGCAACUAAAACGGAUUGAAUCUGUCAGAAGGUCCCCGAUAUUCUCACAUUUUAGUGAGACGUUGACAGGAGUUAGUUCGAUCCGUGCAUACAAUCGUUCCGAGGAUUUUGUGAUAAAAUCUGAGAAAUUGUUGGACAAUAGUCAACGAACUUGGUUUCCAGUAAUUGCAUCAUACAGGUGGAUUGGCACAUAUUUGGGUGUAUUGGGCAACAUGGUCAUCUUGUUGGCGGGUAUUUUUGCAGUGGUAGAGAAAAACACAAUCAAUGCAGGUUUGGCUGGCCUGUCGUUGUCUUACGCUUUAAGGAUUACAUUGAAUCUAAUUUUAUGGGUGAGAAAUUCGUGCGAGUUAGAGACAUAUAUCAUCAGUGUGGAACGAAUCAAGGAGUAUUGUGACACAGAGAAUGAAGCCGAUUGGAGAUCGGACAGAAUACUCCCAAUCGGUUGGCCCACAGAGGGUACUGUAGAAUAUAAGGAAUAUAGCACACGUUAUAGGAAGGGCUUAGACCUUGUACUUAAAGGAGUUUCAUUCAGUGUGAAACCAAGUGAAAAGGUGGGAAUCGUGGGACGAACUGGAGCUGGUAAAUCAUCUCUGACGUUAUCACUGUUCCGCAUAAUCGAAGCAGCUGCUGGGGCCAUCUAUAUUGAUGGGGUUAAAACAUCUGAUCUCGGGCUUCAUGACCUCAGGUCAAAACUGACAAUUAUUCCGCAGGACCCUGUUCUGUUCUCUGGGACUCUCCGCAUGAAUGUUGACCCAUCAGAAGAAUACACAGAUAGGGCAAUAUGGCAAGCCCUGGAGCAUGCUCACCUUAAAGAUUUUAUCCGCUCUCUUACGCUUGGACUCGACCAUGAAUGUGGAGAAGAGGGGGAGAAUUUAAGCGUUGGACAGCGACAGCUUUUAUGUCUGGCACGAGCUUUGCUGAGAAAGUCCAAGAUUCUCGUUAUGGAUGAAGCGACAGCAGCAGUUGAUCUUGAGACCGAUGACCUUAUACAGAACACGAUUCGAACAGCAUUUAAAGAUUGUACUGUUCUCACUAUAGCACAUAGGUUAAAUACCAUAAUGGAUUAUGAUAGAGUGAUGCUGUUGGAUGCAGGAAAGGUUGUUGAAUAUGAUAGUCCAUCUCAACUUCUCUCAAAUAAAAACGGCAUUUUCUAUAGCAUGGCCAGAGACGCCGGCCUCCUUUAAAUAAACACCGUGUAGAAGAUAUGAUCGUAUUUUAAAUCAUCAAUGAUAUCUUCUGAAUCAUGGAAAGAGACACUUGUCACUUAACAAGACACUUAUAUUAUGAAUAUGACAUGGUGUGAUAUGAUAUGAUAAUGAUAUGAUGUGAUAUUAACAUUGAUAUUGUACUCAAUAGGUACACUGAUAUCUACUUAAAUAUCUUACAUGCUAUUCACGAUGUUAUGAUAUCUUGAUAUGAAAUAUACGCCCCUGGACAGAAUGAGUACCAAACAAAUACUGUUUUAUAAGUAAAGCUCAGGAGAAGUGCAAUAAAUAUAUAUUAUACUGAUCAGUACUAUUAUAUAAAUAAAUGAAAACGUUUAUAAGGGU